UUUUUUAGUGCCUGUAAAACACCAAAAAUUAUGACAUUAAAAGAAGAACAGAAAAAUUAAUACAUGCGUGACAAUUGUUUUUUCCAAUAUGCAUUGGUUUGAUGUUACAUUUGCAUCUAAGUACAUAUGCCAUUGAAUUAAUUAAAGCCACACCCAAUUUCCAUCUCUAUAAAUCCAAGGGCAUCUCUCAGCACUAAGAUAAACAGAACCACUCCAUUAAUCUUCCUACUGAGACUUUAGACGACUUGAUCAUGGUGGUUGCUACACCUAACAAAACUCAUGUGGCCGUAUUGUCAAGUCCAGGCCUAGGACAUAUCAUCCCCCUUCUUGAGUUAGCCAAGCGACUUGUUAUCUACCACGAUUCCCAUGUCAGCUUCCUCAACAUCACCACUACUGAAUCCUCAGCUGCACAAGACCACCUCCUCCGCUCACCUUCCCUCCCCAAUGGCCUUGACAUUGUUGACCUGCCUCGAGUCGACGUAGCUACGGUAUGCAGCCCUGACAUCCCCAUAGCCCACAAGAUUGGUGUUAUUGUAGAGGAGAGCCUCCAGUCUCUUAAGUCACUUCUGAUUGAUUUGGGCAAGCCGAAAGCAUUGGUCAUUGAUCUUUUUUGUACCCAGGCUUUUGAAAUUUGCAGCCAAUUGGACAUUCCCACAUAUUUAUUCUUCACCACAUCCACGGCUUUCUUUGCUUUCUGUUUGUACCUCCCUACGCUUGACCAUGAGGUCGAGGGUGAGCUCGUUGAUCUUCCAGAGCCAAUUGAAGUUCCAGGUUGUACACCAGUCAGGCCUGAAGACCUAGCUGACCCAGUUCGCCAUAGGAAGACUGAUGAUUACCAGCUAUUCGUACUUCUUUCUAGUAGAUUUCCAUUAGCAGCUGGGAUUUUUCUCAAUUCGUGGGAUGAUCUUGAGCCAGUGGCACUCAAGGCAAUAAGAGAGAAUACUUUCUAUAAGCAAAUACAUGCCCCGCCAGUUUAUCCUGUUGGUCCGCUGGUCAAGCAAGAUGAACCAUUGAGCUCGAAGGAUGCUGAGUAUCUAGCAUGGCUAGACAAGCAACCAUCUGAAUCAGUUCUUUUCGUGUCCUUUGGGAGCGGAGGCACCUUGUCAACUGAGCAACUGAGGGAGCUAGCUUGGGGUCUCGAACUAAGUCAGCAACGAUUCACUUGGGUAGUUCGCCCACCUUGUGAUACUGCCUCAGGCACCUUUUUCAAUGUGGGUAGUGAGCUGAAUGACCCAAAGACAUAUCUCCCAGAAGGAUUCCUUGAGAGGACUAACGCAUUGGGUCUGGUGAUUCCAUCAUGGGCUCCACAAACCACAGUACUCCGCCAUCCAUCAACAGGCGGUUUCCUAUCUCACUGCGGAUGGAAUUCAUCACUUGAAAGCAUAACUCAUGGCGUACCAAUGAUCACUUGGCCCCUUUAUGCAGAACAGAGAACGAAUGCAACAUUUCUGACAGAGGAGGUAAAGCUAGCAAUCAGGCCCGAGGUGGAGAGAGGAAAGACAGUGGUUAGACGUGAAGAGAUAGAGAGAGUGGUGAGAGUACUAAUGGAGGGUGAGGAAGGAAAGGCUAUUAGGUGCAGAGUUAAGGAACUAAAAGAUAGCGCUUUAAAAUCAUUAGAUUAUGGGGGGUCUUCUUAUGAAUCACUAUCUUGUGUGGCCAAGCAAUGGAGACUAAACUAAUUAAUUUAGCUCCCAUCACCAUAUAUAACAAAAUAAAUUGUGCUC